GUGGAGCGCCGUGCACGCCGCGCGCUGCCGGCUGUGCGCUCGGAGCGGGGCUCGCUGUGCGGUUCUUGCUGACGGGAGCGCGGGCCAGCGGCGCUGCUGCUGCUGCUGCUGCUGCUGCUAGGAUUUUUUUUUUUUUUUUUUUUUUUUGCUGAAGUGCACGUCGGCCAGCUCGCUCGCUCCACCCCCCCGGGGACCUGGUGUGGAGAAAUUUGAACCCGCAGCCCCCGCGCCGAGAAGGCCGGCUUCCCGGGCCCUGCCCAGGCGUGCAGGGGCCUGAGCGGAAUGGGCGGCGCGGCCGUGUUUCCGAGGACUCCGUGAAGCCGGCUCCGGUCCUCCCCCAUGGAGGCUCCCGCCGUGGAGUAGCGCGGCCGCCGUCUCCUCCGCGCAGCCUCGUGGACUCUGCCGAGCGGGUGCACCUGUGUCCGGGCGCGCGGGUGUCUCGGAGGGAGCACGGAGUGACCGGUCGGCGGCACCGAAGGACCUCGGGGGCGGCGCGGCGCGGCGAGGUCGCCGCUCGGAGAAGCCCCUCUGCCCGCCGGCUAACCCCGGCGCCGCGAGCAGGAACUUGCGAGCAAGUUUUCGCUGGGCAAGAUGGGGGAGCAACCUAUCUUCAGCACCCGAGCUCAUGUCUUCCAGAUCGACCCAAACACAAAGAAGAACUGGGUCCCCACCAGCAAGCACGCAGUUACUGUGUCUUACUUCUAUGACAGCACAAGGAAUGUGUACAGGAUAAUCAGUUUAGAUGGCUCAAAGGCAAUAAUAAACAGCACCAUCACCCCAAACAUGACAUUCACUAAAACGUCUCAGAAGUUCGGCCAGUGGGCCGACAGUCGGGCAAACACUGUUUAUGGACUGGGAUUCUCCUCAGAGCAUCAUCUUUCCAAAUUUGCAGAAAAGUUCCAGGAAUUCAAAGAAGCUGCUCGACUGGCCAAGGAGAAAUCCCAGGAGAAGAUGGAACUCACCAGCACACCUUCACAGGAAUCCGCUGGUGGGGAUCUUCAGUCUCCUUUAACACCGGAGAGUAUCAAUGGGACAGAUGAUGAGAGGACACCUGACGUGACACAGAAUGCGGAGCCGAGGGCGGAGCCGACUCAGAACGCAUUGCCGUUUGCACAUAGGCAGAGUUACAGAGAGGCAGAGGCAGAGAGAGAGAGAGAGGUCUUCCAUCCGCUGGUUCACUCCCCAAUUGGCCGCAACAGCCGGAGCUAUGCCGAUCCAAAGCGAGGAGCUUCUUCCGGGUCUCCCAGUUCAGCGAUCAGCAAACACUGGGAGGCUGAACUGGCUACCCUCAAAGGAAACAAUGCCAAGCUGACCGCGGCCCUGUUGGAGUCCACGGCCAACGUGAAGCAGUGGAAGCAGCAGCUCGCCGCCUAUCAGGAGGAGGCAGAACGCCUGCACAAGCGGGUUACUGAGCUUGAGUGUGUCAGCAGCCAAGCCAACGCUGUGCACACUCACAAGACAGAGUUAAACCAGACGAUCCAGGAACUGGAGGAGACGCUGAAAGUGAAGGAAGAGGAAAUAGAGAGAUUGAAACAAGAAAUUGAUAAUGCCAGAGAACUGCAGGAGCAGAGGGACUCUCUGACGCAGAAGCUGCAGGAAGUAGAAAUUCGGAACAAAGACCUGGAGGGACAACUCUCUGACUUGGAGCAGCGUCUGGAGAGAAGUCAGAACGAGCAGGAAGCUUUUCGCAAUAACCUGAAGACGCUCCUCGAGAUUCUGGACGGGAAGAUCUUCGAACUGACGGAGUUACGCGAUAGCCUGGCCAAGCUGCUGGAGUGCAGCUAAGGAGAGGGAGCCCCGUGGCGCCGCCGUGGUGGUGAUGGGAAAUGCGCCGUCUUUCUCCGCAGGACUGCUCGGGCUCUGCAUCAAGAUUGCACAAAAACACUGAGUGUCACUCCCCAGGAGGAGGGGCUUUUGGACAUUGGAAUUGUAUAUUUCAGUGUAAAUUUUAAAAUCUAGCUUGUGGCUAGUUGGGGGAAAACAGAAGAAAGGAAACACUUGACCUACAAAUUACCUCCAUGUAUAUUAUUGGCCAUAGUUAGCUAGAACGUUAUCAGUAGACACUUGAUGCAAUCUUUUUUUCUGAUAUUAGCCAAUGGGAGCAUUAACAACGUCUGGGUCACAUACCCUUUUUGUGUUCAACACAGUGAAGAUGAUCUGCUUUUUAAAUUGAUUUAUUUACGAUAUCUAGAGCUGUGUUUUGUGCAAAAAUUAAGUGAGGAAAAGCCCUGUCUUUUGUUGUAAUCUGAAUAAUUUCUCAGGAUAUUUUUGCACUGCUGAGAAGCAGUGCCAUUACCAAUUAAUUCUUGCCAGGAGUGAGAGAGAGCUGCGUCUCUAAUUGAACAUACUCUACCUGGGUGUAUGAGCUCUUCCCUUUUUGUAUGGAAGACACUUCACUGCGGUGACUACUCUGUACCUUGGUGUCCUCUAACCUUGUCUGUGCACAGGUUACUUUUCCAUAUUGAUCCAUGCGUUUGAGAAGAUACUGUCUCCCAUUUUAUUACACAUUUUAAAGCCAACUAACGAAGGCAGCUGAGUCCCUCAGAAAUUUUUCUUUUUAAAUUUCUAAUAAAUUUGACACACACUUCUGAAAUAGGACAGACCGUCCUUGACGGCCUGGUUAAUUAACGUUAAGUAUAUUUACAGAAUAUGCAGUUAACAUUUAUUUAUAUAUUUUGCAAGAAAUCUUUUCUGAAUGAUCAAUGCAUUUCAAUUUACGAAUACUAAUGGUUGCUGGGGAACUGUUUCCUAUAGAUAAUUUUAAGGUGUAUUGCUGUUUUAAAGGGGACUCACCCACAUCAGCCAACCAGAGAAGACUGACUGAGCUGGGAUCACGGCCGCUGGCACUGGAGUCGUGCACUCUGGGUCAUCACGCAGACUUUGCCAGACACGGGUCUGAACUGUUCACCAGGCAUUUCCAGUCAGGAAUGACAUUCAGUAGGCUCUUCUCAGUGAGCAGGUUUUAAUGUUGUUUUGAUGUAAUUUUAAAAGACUUUUAGCAAACAUGCAUUUCUUUAUAUGAUAUAUUUCUUUCAUGAAGCUAUUUUAAAAGUAAGCCACGUGCUGUCUGGUCUGCUUAUGGAGUGGGAUUGCAUCGGAGCACAUGUCUUGCUGUACAAUGCCCGUCGCGUGGAGGAGGAUUCUCUUGUAAAGUGUGUGCUUGAGUAUCUGACUCCAUGGAGUCUGUAAUGCACCGACUUCUGUCUGUAUCCCAAGAUGACUGAACUGUCAACUACAAAUUUAAGCUAAUUACUCAGUUUGUAACCAUUUUUCACUCAUAAACAGCUACUCAACACUAGACAAUUUUGUUUUAUAUGUAUGUGUAUGUACGUAAAUACAUACAUAUUAAUUUAUAUUAGAGUGAAAAAUAAAUGGUUUGUUUCUAAAGUUA